AUGCUGGUACCUCCUGCAAACUUUGGUAUCGCUGAAGAUGGAAUAUAUAGAUGCUCCAAAAUUGAAACAAUUAAUUUAUCCUUCUUAGAGACUCUAAAUCUGAAAAAAAUUAUAUUCAUAGGUGGUCAAGAACCUUCCAAAUUCUUUAAAGAAUUUUUUAAUAGAUCAUCAAUUAAUUGGAACAUAAUUAAAAUAUCUGAAUUCCAUACAACUACAACUGCUACAACAACAACAACAACAAAACCCACUGAUAAUAAUAAUAAUAAUAAUCAAUCAUCCUCACAAAUCCCUCCGCCUCCUUCCUCAUCUUCGUCGAUUACUACAUCUGCAUCUACAUCCACAUCUACAUCUUCCUCAUCUUCUAAUGGUAACUCAAUAAAUGAUAAUAACGUUAACAAUAACAAUGAUACUAGCACAAUAAUAUCAAAUACAAAAAAAAAUACAAUACGGAAUAGUAAAAUUGAUUAUAUUAAUAAACCAUAUCAUUUAAACGAUAAUGAUGAUUUAAUGCUUAUUAAAUCAAAAUGUUUGAAAAAGACAUUCCAAUUAUUAUUAAAUUCAAACAACUUUAAUAUAUUAUUAGUUGAUAAAACUGCAUUGAUUAUAAGUAUAUUAAGGAAAAUUCAAAAAUGGCAUAUCUCUUCAAUAAUUAAUGAAUAUAGAUUAUUCUCUGGGAAAAAUAGAAGUUAUUUCGCUGAAACAUUUUUGGAAUUCAUUAAUAUCAUAAUUAAACAAGAUUAUGAUACUAUUGAAUCAGACUCAAACAAUCCUGAUAAUAAUGUGGAAACUGAUCACACACAUCAUUCCAUAUCAAUAACAGUCCCUAAACUCGACUUAACUACAUCACCGCAGCAUAACCAACUCCUCACAACAAAUAACAACCUCUCAUCAAAGCAAAUGCAAAGAAAUUUGUCAAGUUUAUCAGAAAUUAAUGAAGAUGAUCUUUGCAACGAUAUUGUAAUACCAUCAAGAUUAUUGAAUAUAGUAAAUGAUGCAGAAUUGGAAGCUAUAAAUGAAAGAGAAAUUAUACAACAACAAGAACAAGACGAAAAUAAUCAAUCGUCUUCCUCAUCAUCAGUGCCUUCAUUCCAAAGAUCUCCUUCGAUCUUGAAAUCAUUAUCAAUUUCAGCAGCAUCCAAUUCUACAUCUAUAGAAAACACAAAUACCAGUAGUAGUAGUAGUAUAACGAAGAAUAAUAACACAAACAAUCAUACAUAUACAUUAUCAUUCAAGAAAAAGGAAUAUAAUGACUUCGUCUAUUACAAACCAUCGCAUAAUAAUAACAACAUAAAUUCAUCAACUAAUGAUAACAAUGAUAAUAAUUCAAUCAUUUUGAAAAUUCCAAAAGAAUCAUCAUUACCUAAUUGGUUUAAAUUUCAAAGAGAUUUAUGGGAAAAGGAAAACGCUCCUGAUAAAUAUAAUUUUUAUAAAGAACAUAUAUUUAUUUAA